CCAGCACCUGGGUUACAAAACAACCCAAAUUGGGUUAUUUUUAACCCAGCAGUUUAAAGUGUGUAGUUAAAAAGAAAAAGGCAGAUUUUUUUAUUUCCUUUGUAGAAGAUUUUAAGUUAGUGAAUUAAUAAUCUGUUAAUUAUGUGACCUCAUCUUUAAAUUUUCUUUUUUUUUCCUAUACAUGAAAGUUGUUAAUAUGUAAGGAAUGAUUAUUCUCUGAAUAUGUAAUGUAGGGUGCAUUUUGUUUGUAUGUUAUCUUUUCUAAUAAGAAAAAAAACGAACAGCGCGGGUGAGGGAUCUAGCUAAUAUUAAAUCUAUGUGCAUAAACUCAGAAACGAACGCUCGGCCAGCGUCUGCACGUCAAUCACGUGACCAAGCGUAAGCGUCGGGUCUGCAUCUCCUUUCCGUCACUACUACCUGCCAGCAGCGUCUGCACGUCAAUCACGUGACCAAGCGUAAGCGUCGGGUCUGCAUCUUCUUUCCCUUUAAUACGUCACUCACUGUUACCUGUUAGCUCAUUUCAGCCUUGUGGUUGGUAGGUGUUGCACGUCGGAUACCGGUUGGGGACAAAAAACUUUUCAAAGGAGUUUCGUGUUUUUCUGGCUUAUUUCACUUCUGAUAACUAGCAGUUUAACCACAGGUGAGUUUUUACAAAGCAGACAUUCAGCUUUUUUCUAAAGAAACUCAAAGGUUCUUUAUGUCUGAGGAGCACAGUACCCUGAGACUUGUGACUGAAUUCAGUUUAUCCACUGUCACCGAUUCAGUUAAACAGCCAAUCCAGGAAUCCAGAAUGAACGAAUAUAGUAGAAUUCAAGCCUUAAAACAGAACAUCAGUAGGGAGCGUGAAGGAUUUGAGGAAACCCCGUUUCACCAAGUCAUAUCUGAGCCCAGUACUCAGAGCCUUGACACUGAAUUCAUGUUUCCCUCUGUCAGUGGUGCAGUUAAACAGCAAAUCCAAGAAACCAGAAUGAAGGAAAAUUCUAUUAUUCAAGGAUUAAAGUUUAAACUCACAGCUCUGAUUCAAGGGCUUGAAGAACAAAUGCUUAAACUUCAAAAAGAUCGAGAAGAUUUUGAAAUCAGCAAAGUUAGGUCAAUUGAGGAAAUAGAGGGUAUGAAAUCUCUUCUGCUGGAUCAGAGAAAAGACUUUGAAGAGGAAAGAUCUCGAUCAGAUUACGAGAUCAAUCAAAUUCAGACUUUUCAGCAAGAUGAAAGAGAAAUGAUUGAACUUGUGAAAGGCAAUUUAGCAGUUCAGAGCAACGACCUGCAGGGAGAAAAAGUAAGAUUACACGAGGAAUGGCAUCAUCUCGAGCAGGCAAAACUCCAAAUGAAAGAGGUUUAUGAAAACCUACAGGAGGAAAAUGAGAAAUUGAAGACGCACAUAAAGGACAUCGAGAGAGCCAAAGCAGACGCUGAUAGAGAGAUUGAAAACAUGAAAAUUCAACUCGAAGCAGAUAAAACGUUGUUUGAACAGACGAAGAAAAGCUCAGAGCUGGAGUUUGUAACUAUGAGAGAAGCUUUGGAUGAUGAGAAACGUCAGCUUGACUGUGAGAAAACAGAGUUUGAGAAAACAAAGACUGAAUCACAGCAGGAGAUAAGAGACACCAUUCAAAUGCUGAAUGAUGAGAAAAUGUGUCUAGAAUUUAGAAUUGGACAUCUAAACGAAGAGAAAUGCGAACUGGAAGCCAGAUCCCAGCUCGUGGACAAGCAGAAGGCUACAGUUGAGGAAGAAAGGCAGGAACUUCAGGAACAAAUGAUUAAACAAAACGAUGAGAAAAAGAAACUGGAGGAAACGAAGAUCAAAUUGGAUCAGGUCUACGACAAACUGCUGAAAGGUAAAGCUAAACUGAAGAAAAACAUCCAAAAGUUUAAGACUAACAAAGCAGAAAUGCAGGAGAUGAUGGGAAGUCUAGAAGAACAGAAAAAGGUGUUCGACGAGACAAAGAAAAGCUCUGAGCAGGAUUUAUUAAAUAUGAGAAAAGCUCUGGAUGAUGAGAAACUUCUGCUUGAAGCUAGUAAAGAAAACCUAAAUAUGCAGAGAAUUGCGUUCGAACACAAAAAGACUGAAACCGAACAGGAGAUAAGAGACACCAUUCAAAUGCUGCAUGAUGAGAAAAUGUAUCUAGAAAUUAGAAUUGAAAAUCUUCACAAUGAGCAAUCUGAGUUUGAACAGAAAAAGACUGAAUCACAGCAGGAGAUAAGAGACACCAUUCAAAUGCUGCAUGAUGAGAAAAUGUAUCUAGAAAUUAGAAUUGAAAAUCUUCACAAUGAGCAAUCUGAGUUUGAACACAAAAAGACUGAAACUGAACAGGAGAUAAGAGACACCAUUCAAAUGCUGCAUGAUGAGAAAAUGUGUCUAGAAUUUAGAAUUGGACAUCUAAACGAAGAGAGACGCGAGCUGGAAGCCAGAUCCCAGCUCGUGGACAAGCAGAAGGCUACAGUUGAGGAAGAAAGGCAGGAACUUCAGGAACAAAUUAUUAAACAAAACGAUGAGAAAAAGAAACUGGAGGAAACAAAAAUCAAAUUGGAUCAGGUCUACGACAAACUGCUGGAAGGUAAAGCUAAACUGAAGAAAAACAUCCAAAAGUUUAAGACUAACAAAGCAGAAAUGCAGGAGAUGAUGGGAAGUCUAGAAGAACAGAAAAAGGUGUUCGACGAGACAAAGAAAAGCUCUGAGCAGGAUUUAAUAAAUAUGAGAAAAGCUCUGGAUGAUGAGAAACUUCUGCUUGAAGCUAGUAAAGAAAACCUGAAUAUGCAGAGAAUUGCGUUCGAACACAAAAAGACUGAAACCGAACAGGAGAUAAGAGACACCAUUCAAAUGCUGCAUGAUGAGAAAAUGUAUCUAGAAAUUAGAAUUGAAAAUCUUCACAAUGAGCAAUCUGAGUUUGAACACAAAAAGACUGAAACUGAACAGGAGAUAAGAGACACCAUUCAAAUGCUGCAUGAUGAGAAAAUGUAUCUAGAAAUUAGAAUUGAAAAUCUUCACGAAGAAAAAUCUGAGUUUGAACACAAAAAGACUGAAACCGAACAGGAGAUAAGAGACACCAUUCAAAUGCUGCAUGAUGAGAAAAUGUAUCUAGAAAUUAGAAUUGAAAAUCUUCACAAUGAGCAAUCUGAGUUUGAACAGAAAAAGACUGAAUCACAGCAGGAGAUAAGAGACACCAUUCAAAUGCUGCAUGAUGAGAAAACAUAUCUAGAAAUUAGAAUUGAAAAUCUUCACAAUGAGCAAUCUGAGUUUGAACACAAAAAGACUGAAACCGAACAGGAGAUAAGAGACACCAUUCAAAUGCUGAAUGAUGAGAAAAUGUAUCUAGAAAUUAGAAUUGAAAAUCUUCACGAAGAAAAAUCUGAGUUUGAACAGAAAAAGACUGAAUCACAGCAGGAGAUAAGAGACACCAUUCAAAUGCUGCAUGAUGAGAAAAUGUAUCUAGAAAUUAGAAUUGAAAAUCUUCACAAUGAGCAAUCUGAGUUUGAACACAAAAAGACUGAAACUGAACAGGAGAUAAGAGACACCAUUCAAAUGCUGCAUGAUGAGAAAAUGUGUCUAGAAAUUAGAAUUGAAAAUCUUCACAAUGAGCAAUCUGAGUUUGAACAGAAAAAGACUGAAACCGAACAGGAGAUAAGAGACACCAUUCAAAUGCUGAAUGAUGAGAAAAUGUAUCUAGAAAUUAGAAUUGAAAAUCUUCACGAAGAAAAAUCUGAGUUUGAACAGAAAAAGACUGAAUCACAGCAGGAGAUAAGAGACACCAUUCAAAUGCUGCAUGAUGAGAAAAUGUAUCUAGAAAUUAGAAUUGAAAAUCUUCACAAUGAGCAAUCUGAGUUUGAACACAAAAAGACUGAAACUGAACAGGAGAUAAGAGACACCAUUCAAAUGCUGCAUGAUGAGAAAAUGUGUCUAGAAUUUAGAACUGGACAUCUAAACGAAGAGAAACGCGAGCUGGAAGCCAGAUCCCAGCUCGUGGACAAGCAGAAGGCUACAGUUGAGGAAGAAAGGCAGGAACUUCAGGAACAAAUGAUUAAACAAAACGAUGAGAAAAAGAAACUGGAGGAAACGAAGAUCAAAUUGGAUCAGGUCUACGACAAACUGCUGAAAGGUAAAGCUAAACUGAAGAAAAACAUCCAAAAGUUUAAGACUAACAAAGCAGAAAUGCAGGAGAUGAUGGGAAGUCUAGAAGAACAGAAAAAGGUGUUCGACGAGACAAAGAAAAGCUCCGAGCAGGAUUUAAUAAAUAUGAGAAAAGCUCUGGAUGAUGAGAAACUUCUGCUUGAAGCUAGUAAAGAAAACCUAAAUAUGCAGAGAAUUGCGUUCGAACAGAAAAAGACUGAAACCGAACAGGAGAUAAGAGACGCCGUUCAAAUGCUGCAUGAUGAGAAAAUGUAUCUAGAAAUUAGAAUUGAAAAUCUUCACAAUGAGCAAUCUGAGUUUGAACACAAAAAGACUGAAACUGAACAGGAGAUAAGAGACACCAUUCAAAUGCUGAAUGAUGAGAAAAUGUGUCUAGAAUUUAGAACUGGACAUCUAAACGAAGAGAAACGCGAGCUGGAAGCCAGAUCCCAGCUCGUGGACAAGCAGAAGGCUACAGUUGAGGAAGAAAGGCAGGAACUUCAGGAACAAAUGAUUAAACAAAACGAUGAGAAAAAGAAACUGGAGGAAACGAAGAUCAAAUUGGAUCAGGUCUACGACAAACUGCUGAAAGGUAAAGCUAAACUGAAGAAAAACAUCCAAAAGUUUAAGACUAACAAAGCAGAAAUGCAGGAGAUGAUGGGAAGUCUAGAAGAACAGAAAAAGGUGUUCGACGAGACAGAACAGCUCUGAGCAGUAGAUCAGAAACGAGUUAUUCAUGGAGACAGAGCAGCUGGUGAGUGAAUUGAAAUGAAAAGCUAAUUACUGAAUAACUUUUGCUGCACACAGGCUGCUUUACACAGCAGCUCUUGGUUCAGCAGGUUACGUCUAAGUUACCCUAACCCUUACUCAACACAUCAGCUGGGUUUCCUUAGAUAGAAAAUGUUUACAUUUGAUUAAUAAAUGAAUAAAAAUGACACAUAAAAUAAAAAAUACAUAAAAAAUAAAAAUAAACUAA